GGCUGAAAAGCCUCAGGCUGCUUCCUCAUGGCAUCACAUGGUUGCAGAAUGACUAACAUUCAUCUCUGAAGCAAAGACUUCCUAAACUCCGAGCGCGGCCGCUGCUCUGCUGAUCACUGAGAGCUGAGGGAACAAAAGGCUUUUCACCAUCUUGUGGGAGUUAUUUGGAAAAGGGAUCUAAUCAUCUCAUGCUAUAUACAUUCUGACUCUGUCAUCAUGGUGACCACGAUAGCCCCAGAGGACAGGAUGCAGGGCCAGUGAGGACGCCCGACGUCUGAUUGCAGAAUUACAUGCUCCUCAAGUGUCCUUAGAAAGACAGAAUAACAGAGAGGCAAUGGAGGAGGAGUGCAGGGUGAACGGCUUCGGACUGAACCCAGGCAGGAGGAGCUCGGACUGGGGUCGCAUCGCCCUGCUGGACAAGACCAAGGAGUUCUUCCAGACCUGCGACGUGGAGGGCAAAGGCUUCAUCACCCGCACCGACAUGAGGAGGCUCCACAGAGAGCUGCCGCUGUCUGCGGCCGAGCUGGAGGACGUGUUCGACUCCCUGGGCACAGAGCGAACAGGUUACCUCACGCUGGAGGUCUUCUCCUCAGGAUUCAGUCAGUUCCUGCACGGCCGAAGGAUCUCCAUCGCAGACGACCACAAUAAAGCCCCCAGCCCCACGUGCGGAGCCAAGGAGGCUCUUUAUCAGAGCCAGUGGGAGGCCAAGCUGUCAGGAGGGGAGGACGAGGAGGAGAGGCACUUCUCUAUGCUGCUGGAGAGCCUGGGAGCCAGCAACGUGUUUGAGGAUCCAGGUGAGGUGCGCAGUCUCUGGGCGCAGCUCCGGCGAGACGAGCCUCACCUCCUGUCCAACUUUGAGGAGUUCCUGGCCAGGGUCACCCACCAAAUAAAAGAGGCCCACCAGGACAAAAGAGAGAUGGAGAGCGCCCUCCAGAGGAAGGCUGCAACACACGACAGCGAGAUCCGCCAUUUGUACGAGGAGAUGGAGGCGCAGAUCAAAAACGAGAAAGACAGGCUGCUGCUGAAGGACUCUGAGCGUCUUCAGUUGCGCAGCCAGGACCUGGAGCACCAACUGUUUUCAAAGGAGAAGGAGCUGGAGCAGAUUUUCCAGAAACAGAAGCGGUUAGAGCUCCAGUGCCGCGAGCUGAGCAGCGAGAAGCAGGAGAGCCACGUGGAGAACGUGAAGCUGAAGAUGACCAACGACGAGCUGCUGCGGGCGCUGGAGUGCACCAGCCAGGAGCUGGGGCUGGCCCAGGAGCAGCUGACCGUGCUGCAGGAGCAGGCCGCCCGGCUGCACCAGGAGAAGGAGAUGGAAAUGUACAGAGUAACCGAGGGCCUGCAGAGAGAAAAGCAAAGUCUCAUGAAGCAGCUUGACCUCCUCAGAGAGAUGAACAAACAUUUGAAGGACGAGCGAGACAUUUGCUGCGGUGUACCCCGCACGUCGCUCAGAAAGAAGCAGAAGCAGAGAGCGGGCGUGGCCAACAUGUUCGACGACACCAGCCAGCCGGUGAAAAGAGCCCCUCUCUUGGUGGACGGGUCCUUCCAGUCUCUGGAGGCCUUGCCUAUAGAGCACCUUCAUAUCGUGUUUGUUGCUUCCUCCUCCUGUAGUGAGGAUGAUACUACUGCUACACCCCCAACCAAUACCUCCUCCUCCUCCACUGUCAGCGCCCCUGCGUGUCAGCAGCGUCCUGCAGCAAAGAAGAACUCCAGUUUAUCCAACGGCUUCGCCAACUCUGCUCCUCCCAAAGUGCACGAUGUGAAGACGAAAGCCAAAAAGUGGCCCAGCAAGGUGGCUCCAGUGAAGAGGGUGACGAGGAAAGACAGAGAAGGAGGGAGGCGAGUGGAAGUCGAGAAGAAGACAGGGGUGGAGGAGGAGACGUUGGACGGCCCAAUAGACGGCUGGCCCCUCCGUCGAGUCAUCUCCAUCGAGGAGGACCACCUACCCCACCUGCUCCAGGGCGGGCCCCAGCUCCUACUGCACCAGCUGAGUGAGGAGGAGGAUGAGGAGGACGACGAUGAGGAGGAAGAUGCAGGGGCAGCACAGAGUGACAUUGAAUCUAGUGUUGUCAUGGCAGCAGACGUCCUCGCCACCCAAACCCCCAGUCGUAUUCCAGUAUCAGUAGAAGCUCCCAUGGCGAGGAAAUCCCGCCUCGCUCUGGCAAAAAAGACGCCCAUUUCUCCGAGAGGACAGCCUGUAGGGAAGGAGACGAAACAAAAGACGAGAGAAGUGGAACUCUUCGCCCCGGACCGCCUCUUUAAAGUCGUCCUGGUCGGCAACUCCAGCGUGGGCAAGACGUCGCUGCUGCGCUCCUUCUGUGAGGGUCGUUUCCACCCGGCCACCACUGCUACUGUGGGUAUUGACUACAGUGUGAAGACGUUAACCCUGGACAACCUGCAGGUAGCCAUGCAGCUCUGGGACACAGCGGGUCAAGAGAGGUACCGCAGCAUAACCAAGCAGUUCUUCCGCAAAGCCGACGGCGUGGUGGUGAUGUACGACGUCACGGAGGAGGAGAGCUUCUCGGCCGUGCGACCCUGGCUCAUCAACGUCCAGGAAGCUGCAGGAGAAGGGAUCCCUGUCCUCCUUAUAGGCAAUAAAAUGGACAUGGAUGGAGAGAGGCAGGUGUCAUUCAAAGAGGCCGAACAACUGGCUUAUGACAACAAGGUGAUGUUCUUCGAGGUCAGUGCCUACACAGGCAAGAACGUGACAGAGUCCCUGACGCACCUGGCCAGAGUGUUAAUGGAGCAGGAGGACAGGGUGAGAGACACGACAGUCAGCCUCAGUGCUCAGCCCAUGAAGAAGAAAGCCUGCUGCAAGUGAAGACUCACAGAACGACACAAAGAAAACAGCUACAACUUUUGGAAGAAAUUGGCUUCUGAUCACUUCCGAACCUGCAUUAUUAGAAGAGAUGAGUGAAAUCAGUUUUCUACUUGUGUUAAGGACCUUCACAUAGAUUGCCGCCAUUUUUGGCUCAGAAAUUCAGUGACGAUGCUGAAAAUGAUGGCCUGAAAUGAUGAAGCUGAGAUUAUCUGCAGUGAAACUAAGGUGCUGCGCUAUUUCAUGUAAAUAAACUCAUGCUCCAUGAGUUUAUUCCCUUGUCAACUUGUCUCUUGUAUAUAGAUUGUAAAAAAAAAAAAAUGUAGUUACUUAAAUUGUCGUUUCCACGGGGACAAGAGGCCUAAACAUUUUCUCUUGCAAAAUAUCAGCGUUCUAAAUUUUCUCCCUACGUCUCUGGUGUCAUAUGUUUAUUCUGUUGAAACUAAAACUGAAAUAAAUUAUUAGAAAUUCAUUGAAAUGGUUUUAAAUCAAAAAUGAAAUCAAGAGAAAAAGAAACUAUUUGACUUUGAUUCUUUGUAAUUUUAUUCACGGUCUUUGUUCACGUUCUUUCCGACACAAAGUGGUUCAUGACGUGUUGCAUCUGUGUGUUGGUUCCUGCCCGGAGACAUUGUUCGGUUUUAUUCUGGCACCAAAGUACAGUUGUUCUGAAUCGUUUUCCUCAAUUAAAAGAAUUAAAUUAAUUACAGUUCAUCUUCGUGGAGUCAAUAAAGCAAAA